AUGCACCAGGCUGCUCUGGACAAUGACCUCUCCCCGGCGGCAGCUGGGCUCCUUGGCGAUGCCCCCUCUGAUCUGGUCAAGGCCUUCCUUGCUCGCUGCAAUUUUGAGUUGGAGGAGGCUCUACUGGAGGAAGGGCCCCAGUUGGAGCUCUGUCCCCUGCAUGCCAGAAUCGUGGCUGCUCUGCGGCAACGUAUUGAGAUGAUCGUGCCAUACAAAGCCUCCUGGGCCGGUGCACUGGCGACCCUGGGAUCGCCGGUUGCCGCCAUGGAGCUCUACAUGGACGCCGCAGGCAUCAUCUGGAGGGCGGUGGGUGACGAGUCCGAGGACCUCACGUGGUGA